AUGCCGAUAGACAAAUCAGAACCUAUCACUAUCUUGGGGGCCGGCGCCUGGGGCUUAUCGACGGCCUUCCAUCUCGUCGAGGCUGGGUACAAAAACAUCACAGUCUUCGAUCGGGCAUCAGAGAUUCCGUCCCCCUAUUCAGCGGCUUAUGACUUGAACAAGAUCGUGCGAGCCGAGUACGAAGACGAAUUUUACACUGAAUUGGCGCUUAAAGCUAUCAACCGCUGGAAGACGCCUCUCUGGGGGGCCAAUUUCCAUCAAGUCGGCUACGUGCUCGCCACGUCCAGCGCGGCACCCGCAAAAGCAGUAAAGCACCUGCAGGCAGCGCUUUUGUCAGUGAAGGACCAUCCUGUCUUCGCCGAGGGGAUCACGCCGCUAGACCACCCACAAGCAUUCAAGGACAUAUAUUGGCAGUUCAGCGGCCCAUUGACCGGCUUCCGAGGAUACCACAAUAGACUGGCAGGCUAUGCACAUUCGUCCAACGCAAUGGCCGAUAUCCACCGACAUUUGGUCGGCAGAGGCGUCAAAUUUGUCCUGGGCCCCAAAGACGGUAAAGCCGUGAAACUCCUUUACAGCGACGACGACCCCCGCUCUCCUGAGCGGCGAUGCACGGGGUUCCAAGUCGCAAGCGGACAGCGCUACGACUCUCGUCGCACAGUCGUCUGCCUGGGCGCUUGGGCGGCAACGCUCAUUCCGGAUAUCGGUGCUUACGUCGUUGCGAAGUCCUGGUCGGUAGCUCACGUUCAACUUAGCGAGCGAGAAUGCGACUACCUCCGGGGCAUCCCUGUUCUCAAUGUCCGAGACCUGGGAUUUUUCUUCGAGCCCGAUCCGGCGACACGGCUCUUGAAACUGUGUCCUUUAGGUGCCGGGUACGUGAAUACGGACAAGAGGAUGCGGGUUUCGAUACCUCCUAGGCAAUCGGUCCCAGCCCCGAGAGACCAUAUCCCCGCGAGUGAUGAGAAGAAGCUGCGACAGUUGCUGAGGGAGACUCUACCAUGGUUGGCGGAUCGUCCGUUCGUGGACCAGAGAAUGUGCUGGUUCGCUGAUACGGCCGACUCGGAUUACACAGUCGAUAUCGUUCCGAACACAGGAGACUCGUUGAUCGUGCUAUCUGGAGACUCUGGGCACGGGUUCAAAAUGAUGCCGAUUGUGGGAGAAUGGGUGGUGAGGCUGCUGGAGGACGGAAGGCAAGCCCAGUCUCGGUGGCAGUGGAGAGGGAGUCCUGAGGGAAAGGGAGGCAAGGAAUGGGGCGAUGACGUGAGUUGGAGGAUCGGUACGACGAGGGAGAUCAGGGACGUUAUCGACGAGCAGGAUAGAGCCGUGAGAGCGCGCUUGUGA